AUGGAUCAUUCUGAAGAAAACAACCAUCAGGAUAUUGUUCGCACUAGCCUAUCGGAAGAAGCUGUGUGUGCCGCACCAUCCUUUUUCGAAACCUUUCGCAUUGGUAAUGAACGAGGCAUUGAUUUGAAAUCUUUGCGAGCCUUUUGCCUAGCGCCGAAUGGGUUGGUAUCGCCGGAAUGGAGAAAGGCAGGGUGGCCCAAACUAGUGGGUGCACAUGUCGAAAUAUGGAGAGCUGCAGCCAAGAUACCACCCAUGGAUAAUGAUGAAUGUAGCGAGACAGGCGAUAGUAGUACUAGUACCAGUACUCAUCGUCUUCAUCAUCCGUCCAAAGAUGAAAUUACGUACAUUAAACAAGUGGUUUCCUCUUGCGAAUGGGAGAGUAUUGGUAUUCAUAAAGAAGAUGCUAUUGUCAUGCCUGAACACAAGCCAAGGCGACCCUCCUCCAGUCCCACCACAGGGGCUGAAAAUAAGAACAAUGGAGAAACAUCCACAAGAGUCGAACGACGAGUCAGUUUUCAUCUGUCAGAAUUAGCGUUUUCGACCAAGCGUCAAAAGGAUCGCAAGACACUUCGGAAGGUGUUGAUUCAUCUAAAGAGAACGAAUCCAAAUCUUGCCAUUACAAGUGCUACUUGCAGUGCGGUUGCCAUGGUUUUGUCGAUUGUCCAAUCUUCCUCCUUGUCCACUCUGGUCGUCCAACAGCUGGUAGCCUAUCCUUGGAAGUAUUCUCGCGAGUGGCCACGGUCCAACAAUGCAUGGGAAUUAGAUGACAAAUGGCAGAGUCUCGUGAAGGAACUCGCUCCAGAAAUAGUCCAGCAUUUCGAAACGAAUGAUGUUGACGUGCUGGAAGGGACGAUACGAUACUCUUGGAUUCCUUCGUGGUUGUCUCAAAAUAUGCGCAACAAGGAUCUACUGGCACGAAUAUGGGAUGUUCUAGUACCAUCCAAACCGGAUUCGAUAUUAUAUGUUUGCAUUUCCUUGCUCGUGUACUUUCAGAAAGAAUUGCUGGCCGAAAUGGACACGGACAAGAUAAGAGCCGUAUUGAUGGACCUUCCUUCCAAACUGAAUUCCACAGAGAAAGCAGAAGCUGUACUGUCCCAAGCGAUGGAAUGGAUGACGAAAUCAGUUUCAGACGAAAUAGAAGUGGACAUUCCAACAUGGGUGACCGCCACAGUAGCUCCAGCUGAUAGUGCCAUGGUAGAAUAUGCAAGGCAUUUGAGAGAAACAGUGACAGAAAGGGGGAAAGCGUUGGUAUCAGAUGGUCGUUGCGGCGACAAGGAAGAAAAAGACUGGUUCUCUGUUACUAUGGAGGACUCAAAGUCUCGGUUCGUUGCGGCAUUCAAGGCGAAAGCAUUGAAACAAAAAGAAGAGGAAGCAAGGAGGUCAUCCAACAAGUCGUCAUGGGUUCUGGUACUUGUCCUAUUAUUGCUGGCAGCUUCCGUGAUUGUUGGGGUAGAGACAGACUGCAGCAUCCUGUUGGGUACAAAGAGAACUACUUCUUCUCGAAGUGACUGUUUGCAUCAAAUCUCAGAUCUGUACUUGGAGGAUACAAUGCAAUACGCCUCCCAGCUACAAGCCAUGGGACACAAUUUGUGCGAUGAAAUCAAACAAAAAAUGAUGGAACUGAAAAUGGCAUAUGCACCUCCAGAUUCGUCGACCGUAUCAGACAAUGGAGUAGUUAAGGGUAUCCAAGAGGAAGAAGCAGUCGAAUCUGACCCUUCCGAUACCGUCAUGUCGCCAUCUGAGAAUCUUGACGACGACCAAAUGGUGGAAGCAACGAACGAAGAAUCUAGCAACGAGGCUCUUGAAAAUCUAAGUUCAUCAGAUAUCACUAAUAAUGAUGUAAAGGCUCUCGAUGAAUCCGAAUCCUCGAUCGAUUCUGAAGACGACACAACGCUAGACCGAAUCGAACCAGAGGCAUCAGCGCCAAUUCUGGAGGAACCAGACAGAAGUCCAGAUUCGACAAUUGUCGACGACCAUGAUACAGUUGAAUCAGAUGGCCCCGUGGAACAAAGCCGUCAGGAUGCCGACCGUUUGAUGAAAGAAACCUUACAUCAAGCAGCGGAAGCAUCCAAAUUUGCUGAAAGCCUUGUGUCGCAGUUUCUUGAAGAGGCAAAGCAUAUUGCGGCAGGAGAAGUAGUGGAAGGUGCCUUUUCAGAGACAACACAGGAGUCAAGCGGGGAAAGGCAACCUGAGCAAUCGAGUGACGACCACCCAGUUGCCGCGGAAGACGAUUUCUUCGAUUUAGAUCAUGACGUUGCUGUCGGUGACUCCGUUGUAGACAGCGUGAGCUCCAACGAAGAUGACCACGGAGGUCAUUUAGAUCAGGAAAUUCGGGCGGCAAUGACUACCGAUGAGGUGAGCUUGACAGGCACAAAAGUGGAGGAUCCUAAAGAAACCGAUGAGCUUUCACCUGAACAAGAAGAAUCAUCCAAACAAGGAUCAGAAUCUCCCAAUGGUGACUAUGAUGAAGUUCUACGCUACCCAGUAGAAGAUCGAAUUCACAUGGAAGGCAUCGAGGGCGGUGGGGAAGAUUUUAACGAUGAAACAACUGACAUGCAGGCUGAAGAGGCCGAGAUGACAGCGCAAGACCAAUCAGAUAGUCCUAAUUCCCCGGUAGAUACUGAAGAGAGCGAAUCGACUAUUACUCUUGACGACGAGGGCACUAAGGAAAAUUGGGCAGAUGAAGUUUCUGGAGACACAACUAGUGAUCCGAGACCCAUCUCAGAACAUUCUCUUACGAAAGAACACACCAUUGAUGAAGCCAUGGAUGACCCAGUGAGCGAUGAAACGGACGAGAGGAUGGUGGAAGCAGACGACCAAGCAGCCGAACCUGAACCUACCGAAGAGAGCACUGUGCUUGGGAUGGCUCAUGGCCUCCUCACUCGAUAUUUGGGAUAUUUCGGCUCCGAGCCACAUGAAACCAUACUUCUUUCUACGCCCUUCUACAGUAAGGAUGAUGUCGCUGCAGUGUUUGAGCAAUUGAUGGCUUCCAGCAUGGAUGAGGCUCCAAUGCAAAAUUGGGACAAGAGGUCCGUUGAAAAGAUGAGAACGUGGGAAAGCACAGUUUUGAUAUAG